AUGAAAUUGAAAGAGAAAUUUUACGAUAAACCAGAUGCCACAACGGUUUCUUUGCUUCAAUCUAUAAAAAUGAAUCCUUAUUUCUAGAAGCUAAUAUCAUUUUCAUUAAAUUGCCUCUUUUCACAAAUGUAUUUACCCAACAACAAACAUCGAGAUAAUUCGAUCUACAUUUUCAAAGGUAAUGGUAUAAUGAUCUUAAAGAGGGAUAUUCUAUUCUAAUUCAGUGUAUCGAUAAUCAUAGAUAGAGUGAUCAAGUCAUUUAGAAUGUUUGUGGUUGUUUGAAUAGAAUGAUUGGUUUACAUAAAUUUAGAGAUGAAUUUAUAGCUAGGAAUAUUAUUGAUAGUAAUCUUAGUCAUGUCAUUUCAUCAAUAACUAAUAGAUAAUUAUCAUAGGAAGCUAUCAAAGUAAUAUUGUUCACUAUUGUAGUCAACACUAGAUCUUUAUUAAAAUCUAACUUUUACAUAGCUUCAAACGGAUUCACUUGCAAAAUCCAAUAUUUUAGUUGGAUUCGUAUAAAUUUUAAUAGUUUCUAAACCUUUAAUUUUAGAAAUGAAAAGAAUAUUUGAUUUGGAAUAUAAAAUGCUAAGUAGAUUUUUUAAUCUAUGAAAAUAGUAUAGGAAUGUAUAAUUGAAAAUAUCAAUAUACACGAACUUCUAACAAUUUAUAUUUAAUUGAUGCAAGAGUAUAUAGAUAAUAUAUUUGUCAUAAAAGAAUCUUUAAGAAUUCUAUUGCUUUUGGUGAAUAAUUAGAAUGCAUUAAAAAUAAUAAAAUAGAAACAAUCAAUACCAUUAAAAAUAAUGAGUGAGAUUUUAAUCUAACAUAAUGAUGUAAAUUUCUAAUUUGUAUAUAGAUUGAUGUAAAUGAUAAAGGAGCUCAAAUUCUAUAAAGUAUCAUAAACAUAGAAUAAGUAUAAUAAAGUAUUUAAUCAAUCAAAUCAGUUGAUUAAUAAGCUGAAUUCUCCAUGAGUCUUAUAGCUUGUUUGAUACCAGCUAUACAUAAUUAAAUCAAUUUGGAUGAACUAAUUAAUAUAUUAUUUGAGUUAAUCAAAGGAUAUAAAAAAAUAAUUAAAAGAAAACCAAUACUAAGAGAUGCUCUUAAUUGUUUGAGUAGACUCUAUGAUUAAGAUUAAGAUUAUGUAUAUAUAUCUUUUUUAAUUGUUAGGCUGUUAAAUUAAAAUAAUUUUUGCCUCUUAUGAUGGAAUUAUAUGAAAAUGAAGAUGCUGAAGUUGUAGCUGCAUCAUUUGAUCUUAGUAGAAAACUUGGAACUAAUCUUACUAUUGAAGAACUUAAUAAAAUAAUUGAAAAAGUUAUUGCCUAAUUAGCAUAAUUAAAAGGAGUCAAAGAUGGACUAAGAUUAUUAUUGACUUAUGCUAGUAAGAAUGACAAAACUUUUAAAGCUAUUUCUAAAGGGAAAGAAGCUUUUUUUAAAAUUAUUGAAAAUGUUAAUAAUCAAACAUCUUAAGAGUAUAAUUCAAAAUUAUUAUUACUAAUCCAUCAAGAAAUCAAAGAGUAUUUAAUAAAAAAACUUUCUGUCAUUGUUCAAUUUAUUUAAAAACAUUAUCUUUGGAAAAGAUCAUUAUUAUAUUACAUUUAAAUUUUAAAUAAAUAUCCAGAAUAGGUAGCUUAAUUAAAAUCAAAUUUGAUGAUUUCUAUCUUAUCAUGUAAAAAGAAUAAAGGUAUUAAUUGAUAAGUUACUUUUAGAUUAUAUAAGCAUUGUUAGUACUUUAAAACAAGUAAAAACUGAUUCUGAAGCUGAGGAAGAUGAUCCAGAAGAAGUUGCAAUAGAAUUUUAGUAGAAUGAAGAAUUAGAAUAAUAAUUUAUUAUUUUAGUUAGAAAUCUAACAAAAUAAGAUGAUGUAAAAGUAUUGUAGAAAGAAAUCAUAGGAAAUAAAUAUAAUGAUGAAUUAUCUUAGGUUAUGCUUGAAAUAUAAUUGCUAAAACUUUCAUAUUAUGUUUAAAUUGAAGGAACUUUUUACUUGUAAAAUGAUUAUUUCACAGAAUUAAUGAAUUACUUAUUGAAAUUUUUAAAAUCUUAUAAAGCUGAGAUGAUAGAUAUUGUUUAAUGCAUAUUUCUCUUGUUAUAGACUAUGUCAACUUUAUAUUGGAAUGAUAAAACUGGUACAUUAUAUACUCAAAAGAAAACAUCUCAGUUAUGUUUUGACUUUCUAUUUUAAUCACUUGAAAAUGAAGAACUUAUGGAUUCUAGUCUAGACACUAUUCUAUUUAUGGGUUAAGGUUGCAAGAAUACCAAUAAAAAAUAACACUAUUUAUUAGAUAUUCAAGAUAAUCAAUAUGUUAUUCAAUUAAUAAGUUAAUUAUAAAUCUUGAUGAAAAAAUAUGUUCAAAAAGAAAGAAUUUAGUUAAAAAUAUUAGAUGUCAUUAAGAUUUAUUUACUUUUUGAACUAUUUAAAUAGAAUGUAAGAGAUCUCCCAAAAAUUCUGUGUAGAAAGUUACCUGAAGACACAACAACUAAAGAAAUGGGAUUAGAGACUAUUUAAAUAUUAUCAGAUAUUAAUUAUACAGAUAAUGCACUUAAAUAUGUUACACUAUUUUAAUUACAGCAUUAAUAUGAUAUUGAAGUAAUCAAUUAAGUUAUCCCAUAUAUUGAUACAGUAUAAAAAUAUGAAGGGGAUUCCUUUCUAACAGAGGAGAUUAAGAAAUAAAUUAAAUAAAUGAUUAAUUAUUUUGAAGAAAUGGAGGAUCCUGAAAUAGGUUCUGAAUAUAUGGAUAAAUUAAGUGUUUAUUCAACAAUUCCAUAAGCCUUAGAAUAUGAAUUUGAUUGCAAUAUACUUGAUGCUUUAGUUAAUGUUUUAAAAUAUUGUGAAUUAGAAAAGAGUAAUAAAUAUGAUAAUAAUUUAGAUAAUGAUCGUUUGUUAUGUUCAUCAAUUAAUAUAUUAACUUAAAUGUUGAUAAAUAAUUAUAUUGAACCAAUAGAAUUGGAAAAGUGCUUUUAAUUUUUAUAACAAAAAAGACAUAGUGAAAAUCCAGUAAAUUUGUUGACAUUUUAUCUUUCUAAAGGGGAAGCAAUAAUUUAGACAGAUUAUCUUUAAUUUAUUUUGUAAAAUUAUCACUCUAUAUUAGGGAUUUGUUGGAAGAAUAUUAGAAUAAUAAGUUUGUAGUUGCAAAUUUAUAUGAUAUAUUGUACAGAUCUUGUUUAAAGUCUAAAGAUAUUAGUAAAAUUUUAGGAGAUAAAAGAUUUAUAUAGAAAUUAAUAUUAUAAACUUAAGAAUUAGUAAUUGAAUAAAGUAAUGAAGAAUAAGCAAAAAAGAAUCUAGCAUGGUUAGAAAAUUUAUCAUAAUCUGAACCUGUUGCUCUUAGGAUUUAAAGAGAAAAGGGUAGAGAAUUAUGUUAAUUAAUUAUUAAAUAAAAUAGUGCUCAUUCUAUGUUUGCAUUUAAAAUAUUAGCAAAUUUAGCUAAAUUUAGUUAAUCAAUUCCUUUAAGUUAUUUUUUGGAUUAUUUGAAAUAAAAUUAAUUUCCAUUAGAAAUAUUAACUUCUCUUGAUAUUCUAUUUGAAAAUGAAGAAAUAAAACAAGAAUUUUUAAAAUAAAAUGGUUAAUAACUUAUAAAUUAGUGGUAGAAUGAUUAUCCUGAUUAAUGUCAGAAAUUGCAUCAACAUUUCAAACCUAAAUAACCUGUGAUACCUAGAUAAUCAUUGUUAAAAUAAAGAUAAUCAUUAUUGUAAUAAAGAUAAUCAUUAUUAUAAUAAAAACAGUUAUUAAUGUAAUUAAGAUAAGAAAAAGAGGAAUAAGAGAAAUAAUAAAAAUUAGAAUAAAGUUAAGAUAAAGAGAAUAUUAAUGAGAGUUAAUAAAUGAUUCAAUAAUUCCAAUAACCUGAAUAGAAUUAAUAGUUAAUUAAGGAUUGUUUAGAAUUAGCAGUUAAGAAUCCAUAAUAGAUAAUAGAUGAAGGAAUGUUGGAAAGAUUGUUUUAAAUAGAGGAUUCUUGGGAGGUGUUUAGAAGAUUGACUAAACAUCAAGAUAUAGCAGAAUAGGUGUUAUAACCAAACUCUAAAUUAUAUUAAAAUACUAUUGAUGAAUUGAAAAAUUAGGAUUCUAAAUAUGCUGAGUAAGUAUUGGAGACAGCAGGUUAAAUAUCUCAAGUUCCUGAAACAUUAAGUGAAUUUGCAUAGACUGAGGGACCAGUUUCAAUGGUUAAUUUAAUAUAACAUUAAGCUGAUAAUCCAAAAGUAGUUGAAGCAGGUUUAGAUGCAUUAAAAAAGUUAUGUCAAGAUGAAAUGAUUUUAAGUACAAUAGGGGAUUCAAAUGGAAUAGAUUUAUAAAAGGAUUUACUUACUAAAUAUUAAAAUAAUAUUGAAAUUAUUAAGAAAUGUGAUGAAAUGAUAUCAUAAUUAUCAGUUUCUGAAUCUUAUUAAGAUAAAAUUGCUGAAUUAGGAAUAAUUCAAUAAUUAAUUGAAUAAAUAAAAUAAAAUCCUAAUACUCUUGAAAUUGUGUAACCAGCAAUUGAAGCGUUAGCAAAAGUAGUUUAUAGAAAUGCAGAUAAUGGAACUACUGUAAUGGAAAGUAAAAUUUUAGAUGAAAUUUUGCAAUCUUAAAUUUUAGAUGAUUUAGAAGAAUCUUUAUUGACUUUAAUAAAUAAUAUGUGUUAUAAAAAUGAAGAGAUUAAAAAAUAAAUGAAAAUAGAAUAUUUGAUUAAGAUUUUAAAGAAGAAUAUUUAAAAUUAUAAAUAAAAGUCUUUUGAAUAAUGUGUAAAUACUUUAUUUCAUUUAGCUUCAUAUACAUAAAAUAUAUAAAAGAUGAUUGAAUAAAAAUUAUUAGAAAUUAUUAAUGAAUUCAUAAAAAAGCAUUAAAAAGAAGUAGAUUCUAUUUUAUUAUUACUUAAUUUAGAAUUAAAAAUAGCUGCUUAAGUAAAUGUUCCAAUUGAUAUAUAAACUGUUGAAUGCACAUUAAUGUAAUUAUUAUAUCAAAUUUAGAUGUUUAUAAUUUGAUAAACUUGAAUAAUAAGCACUUCGUCUUAUUAGAUAGAUUUUAGCUAAUUGUUAUCAAUUUAUUGAUCAAUUAAAUGGAUUUACUUAGAUUGCCAAUAUUUUGAAAAAAGCAGAAUAAAGUUCUUGUGUUCUCACACUUGAUGUUAUGCUUAAAAUGGCAGCUAUUAAUAAAGAAUCAAUAUCAAAAUUUGAAUAAUUAAAUGUUGGUCUAGAUUUUUCAGAAAUAUUGAGAGUGAAUAAGAAUGAUAAGAAAUUAUAUGAUUAAAUUUUAGACUAUAGUUUAAAAUUAUUUAAUAAAACUAAUGAACUAGCUAAUUAAUUGAUGAUAUUUAUUUAGUAAAAUGAAGUUACUGAAUUAUAAAUAGAUAAAACAUUAUUAAUUGUGGAAUAAGUGGAUGACAAUGAAACUUUUAUACCUACAUUAAUUGAAUUGAUAUAGAAGAAUAAUCACAAACAUACAAAAACAAUUAGUGUAAGAGUUUAGCAAUUUCAUCUUAGAUUAUUUUAUCCAGAGAAUCAAAGGUCUAUCCUAAUUAAAUAUUUGUAAAUAAAGGAAUUGAUGCUUGUGUAGCAGAAGUCUUAGUUACAAAAGAAAAAGAAGUUCUGAUGAAUGUAAAUCUUAUCCUUUUUCAAUUUAGUUAGCUACAAUUAUACUUGAUGUUGCAAAAUCAUUAGAAGAAUAUAGAUAGAAUAUAGCUGAAUAAUUUUUAAAUUAAUUAGAAAAACUUAAUGAACCAGUCUUAAAUGAAUUAAUCAAAUUUUUAUAAGGACCUAAAAAAUAAAUAUCCAAAUUAACUGAUGAAAUCAAAAACUUUUUAUAAAAAGGAGAAAUUCUAAAAAUGUAUAAAGAAGAUGGUAGUCGAGGUUAUUAUAGAUUCUUUUGUGAUGAAACUCUUUAAUAAAUAAGAUGUAGAUAAGAAAGUACAAAAUUGGUUAAAUAAAAAUGGAUAUUAAAAUUAAGUUAAAUUCAAGAAAUUAAAGGAAAUUAUGAUAAAAAAUCAUUAUCAUCUAGUGCAUUUGAAAAUCAAAAUUGGUUGGUUAAAUAAAUCCAUAAAAUGAAACAUAAAGGUAUGAAUGAUUAAUAAAAUUUAUUUUAGUUAUUGAAGCUGAUAGAUGUUUUACAUUAUUUGCAUAAAAGAAUGUGAAACCAAAAACAUUAAAUGCUUUAUGCAAAUCAGAGAGUUAAAAAAAUAAGUGGGUUGAAUAUAUUAAAAUUUUGAUUGAUGAAUAACCACUAUUAAUGUAAUAAUGA